AUGAAUAUCUCGAAUGAAGCAGUUGACUCCCUCUUGCCGAGCGACGAAGCCGCAUUGAGAGCCGUGCUCAAAACGUCAUACGACAGCGUGUACAAGCUUUCGCCUGAUGGAAGCACAUACCUGGAGCCGUUUCUGCUCAAUGGUACGCCAGUAGAACAACCAGAGGCCCUCAAAAAGGACGAAGCGCACAAGCGUGUCCAACUCAACCCCAGCAACGACGCGCUGAAGCAUGCCCACAAGCACUAUGCGGACAACUCCAGCAAGUUCAAGAAGAUUCGAGAGAUCUUUGGCGAGGGUAGCAAGUAUCAUCCCAACCAACUCGUAGCCAAGAGAUUCCUUCCUGCACGAGGCUUUUGUCAGAAAGAGCCCAUGUACCGCCUCGCGUGCAAGAUCUCCGACCUUCAACAUCUCUAUAACACCGGAGACCUCGUGAUGGACCCGUUUGACUUUAUCAGAUGGCGCAUCAUCAAGAAGUUGGGCAGCUUGCUAGCCAGCCCAUGGGACAGUCCCAAGCGCUUUAUUAGGACUGUCGUCUACAAACUCUGUGACGACUCCGAGCAUACUGGCACUAGGAUCUAUCAGGAUUCCGUCAUGCGCAACGCCGUCCUGCUGUCGGCUGCCAAGAGAAACCAUCUUGGCAACUACGGCCACAAAGGAAAGGGCCGCAAGAAUAUCUUGCAGCAGAAGACCUUGCCCUAUACAGCGGCUGCUCCGCGACCGAGAGUGAAGAUUUCGAAGGAUGAUAUUGUGGACAGCCGUCCUGAGGCUUCUGCAGCUGUGGCUCGACCGGUUCAGAAACGUGCCCGACUUGCUGCUGGCCCGCCUAUCUAUGCUGGUGUGAAUGCCUAUAGGGCUGGACAGAAGCAGCAACAAUGCUCUCAACAACGUCCCAAGAGAAACUGA